CGCACGCCGAGAGAAUCGCAAGCAAGGGCCCCACGAAUUUUUCAUCCCCCACGGGUCUGGACUAUUUAAAAACAAAAACAAAACAACCACCUGAAAAAAAAAGACUUUUGCAGUGAUAAUAACGAGGGGGGAACUGAAUGAUCUUACCCUAUCAAAAAAACAAAAAAAAAAUUGCAAUACGUCGAGACGCCGAACGGUGCCGACGUAGCACGAGGGUUGUUCGGUCGCGCCGCCCUUAACCCGAGUAGUCCCCACCAUUCGUGACGGCGUUAGAUUAGACAGCAUCGCGACGCCGCGCCGUCGAGGUCGUCGCAUUUAUGCUCCCCCGUUUUUGGCAAUCACCGAAAAUCAUAACUGAUCAUGAGUGCGAUAUGUUGAGUGGUGAUCAUCCAUCAGGACCGUGACAGUGGUGGAAAAAAAGCGUGUUUUUGUGCAGUGACAAAACCAUGUCGCGAAGAAAACAAGCAAGGCCUAUCCGGCUUUUGGAGGAUGAAGAAAAUAAUGCUUCUUCCGCGGGUGGUGUUACUACUGUUGCUACUGCUGGUGCUGCUACCGUCGCUUCUACUGGUUUUCCUACUGCUUCUGCUAACGAUGGCCUUGGUACGAACAAUGCCGCCGUCGCCGACGAAGUACCCGAGGUACUCAUGUGUCAACGUUGUCAAGAGCAGUUCACCGAGCUGCGUGAGUACUUAACGCACAAAGUCGAGUGUGACAAGAAGGCGAUUAAACAUGACGACCCCGCGCAUUCCGAUCCGGAAGAUAUGGUCGUAUCGGAGGAUGACGAGGAAGACGACGAGUCGGGUGGUAAACGGAUCGAGCGGAUUCGUCGUCAUCGACAGGACGCCGCAAACAAUAAUAAUAGUGUCGACGAAAGUUCACCGGACGAUAAUCGAAUCAAUAGUUUUCCUUUCCCCGUGUCUCCCGCCGCCCCUGGACACGUCACCUUGGAGGCUCUACAAAACACUAAAGUGGCGGUUGCGCAGUUUGCCGCCACUGCCAUGGCAAACAAUACCGAUAACGAGACUGCUCUGCAAGAACUAGCCGUUUUACAAUCGACAUUAUUCACAUUACAACAUCAACAAGUACUCCAGCUGCAACUUAUCAACCAACUGCAGCAUCAACUGCAAAUUGAUCGACAUAAGGAGGACGACCAAAGCGGAUCGCCAGCGCAAUCAGAUAACGAGGAAGAAAACUCAGAAGAACAAUCGCCUCGGACCCCAGUGAAGUCUCGUGAGCCAUCACCCAUACGCCAACCAAAUCCCUCAGAUGUUCCUCUUCCGCCACUUACACCUCCACAAUCCCAACCUGAAGUAAGCUCUGCCAACCUACCUCUACAGAUUCAGCCUCCGAUGUGCUCGAUCUCCGCCUCAUUAGCCUCCACCAUAAUCACUCAUAGUAACGAGCCUCCGACUAUGGAGGAACCAAACACCUUGGAGAUGCUUCAAAAGCGUGCGCAAGAAGUGCUAGACAACGCCAGCCAAGGUUUAUUAGCAACCAACUUAGCAGACGAGUUAGCAUUUAGAAAAAGUAAAGGAUCUAUGUCUCCCUAUGACUCAAAAGGGAGAAAUGAACCAUUCUUUAAGCAUCGUUGUAGAUAUUGCGGUAAAGUGUUCGGUUCCGAUUCGGCCCUCCAGAUUCACAUAAGAUCUCAUACGGGAGAACGUCCAUAUAAGUGCAAUGUUUGUGGUAGCAGAUUUACAACCAAAGGUAACCUAAAAGUUCAUUUUCAAAGACACAGUGCGAAAUUUCCCCAUAUCAAAAUGAAUCCCAAUCCAGUUCCUGAGCAUUUAGACAAAUAUCAUCCACCUUUACUGGCCCAGCUCGGCCAGCAACCAUCUCUUUCACCCGGAGGACCGCCGCAUCCUCCUCACUUGGGUUUUCCCGGAGCACCUCCAUUUCCGCCCACCUCCUUGCCGCUAUAUCGGCCUCCAAUACCCCCUCCGGAAUUUAUUAACAGUAGAUUACAACCGUCACCUCACACCCCUCCUCAUAGAUUAUUCCCACCCCACCCCUCACUAUUUAUUAAGCGUGAGGAGCAAGAGGCCCCAGCUGACUUGCGAAAGCCGCACAGAUCUCCCUCACCAGUGCCCGAUGAGAAAAUGUCGAUAGAAAAUGAAGAGCCUAAACCAGAAAUACCUGAGGUAACACCUAAACAAGAACCAAGUGAAAUGGAAAAUGAGAAUGAACCAGAGAGGUUUGCUUUUGAUGAAUGCAGUAACGAGAGCAGAUUUAGUAAUGAUGAGAAUAUUGAGCAAAGAAGUCCGGAGGACAAUAGAUCUGAGAUGCAAGAUGAACCAGAGAAUUUAUCAAGUAAAUCCCACCCGAUGUCUACACCUCUUAGUAUUUCAACUGGUCAGCGAUUGCCGGCAAAUUUUUCUUUUGAGCAUCAAAGCUCACCCCCUAGCAGUACCUCUUCAGGCAGCUUGGGACCGUUUCCUACAACGUUUCUUCCUGACAUCACAAAAGAUCCUGCUAUUUAUACAAACUUGCUGCCUAGACCAGGUAGCAACGAUAACUCUUGGGAAAGCUUGAUAGAAGUAACUAAAACCUCUGAAACGAGUAAACUUCAGCAACUAGUAGAUAAUAUUGAGCAUAAGCUUUCGGAUCCAAAUCAGUGUGUGAUAUGUCAUAGGGUGUUAUCUUGCAAAAGUGCUUUGCAGAUGCAUUACAGGACGCACACCGGUGAACGGCCGUUCAAAUGCAAAAUAUGCGGCAGAGCUUUUACUACUAAAGGUAACUUAAAAACCCACAUGGGCGUGCAUAGAGCCAAACCACCAAUGCGCGUACUUCACCAAUGCCCCGUAUGUCAUAAAAAGUUUACCAAUGCCUUAGUAUUACAGCAACAUAUCAGAUUGCAUACUGGAGAACCAACUGAUCUCACACCCGAGCAGAUCCAGGCUGCCGAGAUAAAAGACUUUCCCUCCCCGGGAGGAUUUCCUCACCUAUCCAAUUCCAUGCAUCCUUUCUUAGGCCAAGGAUUCCCUAUUCCAGGCUUAUCCCCUUUGGGAUCCCACGGUAUGCAUUUCCCAAUGAAACUGGACAAAGAUGGAUGUAGAUCUGAGCAAGGUAGUAUGGACGAUGAUGACGAUGAUGAUGAUAGCGUCAGUGUUAACACCGAUAAUCAAAAUAUGCCUCCUUUCUCCUCGUCUCCCUCUGGAAGUAACAAUCAUAUCAAUCCCAAUGGUUCGCAGUUUAAUAAUAGUGAUCUGAACUGCUCCACUGAGGAUCUUAGCUUCAAUAGAGGGUUGCCGUCACCACAGAAUAUACAAAAUGGAGAGAAGUCUCCGAACCGUUCUGUGACCAGUCCUGAGAGUAAUGCAGAGAUCCAGUCGCCUCAGAAUAGAAUGACUGCUACACCCGUCCAGGUUCCUAGACCUCCUUCGUCACAGCAAGCCAACAGCCCCACCCCAUCAGACUGUAACUCAAUGGGAGCCUUGGAUCUAACCCCAAAACAAAAUCAAAAUCUCUUACCGAGUCCAGGACCAAGUCCGGGACCUCCUCCAUCCUUAUUUUCUGCUUUCGGACUACUGCCCCCAGCUACGCAGCCCUCAGGCCCUUUAAUGACGUCAGCGUUAUCCUCUUUGACCUCAUCGGUGCUCACGUCUACGUCGUUUAGUCCUUUGAGGUUGGCGGUAGGACCUGCUGCAAAUAUUGGUCGUGGCAACACGACGUGUAAUUUGUGCUUCAAGACUUUUGCCUGUCAUUCAGCUUUGGAGAUACACUAUAGGAGCCACACGAAGGAGCGGCCUUUUAAAUGUACCGUGUGCGACAGAGGAUUUUCUACAAAGGAUGGUUGCGAGUGCAACAAGCAGAGGCGUAUCCAGGAGGACACGAAGCCCUGGAACAUCAGGGCUCAAUUCAGAAAACCUCCCGCCACCCCCCAUCACAACAUCCCUUCAGUAUUCCCUUUACCGAUGAGCCCCGGAUACGCCUCGACUUGGAUGCAACUCGCGGGAAACAUGAAACAGCAUAUGCUCACCCACAAAAUCCGCGACAUGCCCCAACACAUGUUCGAAAACAAGACUCCUUCACUAAGCGGAGACGAUUCUACCCCUUUACCACCGAGCUUACCAUCCAGAGAACAAUCGAACGACACCGAACCACCUCAGCAAGUGCAACUACCGGUUCAACCUCAACCACCUCCGUUGGCACCAGUCUCGCAUCCUCACCUUCCACCUCAGAUGCAAGAACAAAAGCAAGAGUCCUCACAAAUUAAGAGGGAACCCACCGAGACUGAGCUGCCGUUGCCGAAACGUCCUCCGAGCUUGCAAUCAAGCAAACACUUAUGCCACGUAUGCAAUAAGAACUUUUCGUCGAGUUCGGCCCUGCAGAUCCACAUGCGCACCCAUACCGGCGACAAACCGUUCCGGUGUACCGUGUGUCAGAAAGCCUUCACCACCAAAGGGAACCUUAAGGUUCACAUGGGUACCCAUAUGUGGAGCAACGGGGCGUCGCGACGCGGCCGUCGCAUGUCUCUCGACCUGCCCCCCAUUCCCAUGACGCCCAAGGAUUCCGAAUUUCUGCAGCGGAGGCCCGACCUCUUCUACCCGUACCUCCCGGCUCCGUUCCUUAAUGGCAUGCAACAAAAGAUAAACGAGAUGUCGUCAGUAACACCGACCCAAAACGGUCUCGCCCCCUCGGCAAAAUACGGCGGUCUGUUGGGUUUCGGAUAUCCUCCGCCAGAGGGCAUCCGACCGCAACCGAACUCGCCCGAACGUGCUCCCGAUCGUCCGCCGAGCGAGCCCGAGUCCAGGCCGGGACUCUGGGAUUUGCAUUUCGAGCGUAAAGCUGCAGAAGCCCCUAGGGAAGACUUACUGUCCGCUUCCAGGGAAGGACUGGCCGCUUGAAAGUGUCGUCAGUUCCGGAUCGAAGGACUCGUUCCUAUAUGUUCAACUAGUCUUUAAUGCGACAAGGAAAUUUGGUUUCGGAUUCGAUUCUGUCUAGUAAGAUUUUACAGUCCAAUUUUUGCUUUCUCGUAGAUAUCUGGACAAGUGUUUAUAUAAAUAGCAUUUUCGGCAGUUAUUAGAUGAGUGAACUCGUGUACUAACUUAUUAGUGAAAAAAAAUGAUUAUAGUUACAUUUUUAGUAUUAACCGGUUAGAUAAUUUUUACAUUCCAAAGUGGAUUGGUAAUCUGUAAAAACGAUUGUCAAAAUCAAAAAAAUAAGAGGAUUUUGCUGUUUUUGGAUCUCAAUAAAAAUUUUAAAGCUCUUACCGAGGGGCUUCUGAACAUAUCUUAGAUGGAGUUUUAAAAAAGUAGGAUUUUAUCACUAGAUUUUCAUCAUUAUUUCAUACAAAUUAUACUUUAGACUCUUUUUAAUUUGUGAGUCUUUAUGAAUAAUUUACCUCACGUUUAAAAUAUUUUCCUUGUCAAAUACGGUUGGGGCAAUGCAUACUGUGAUAUAUCAUCUAUAUAUAAUUUACGUAUAAAGCUGUGUAAUUAAAAAUAUUUAAUUUAAAUAAAAAAAUCAUCGCUAAGGUCUGUAAAAUAUUAGAAAAAAAUUGUAAAAUAUUAUAUUUAUGGUGCAUUUUGUCUGUAGGAUUGUGACUCUUAUAAAAGACCUUUAUAAGAUUCACAAAUCGUUUAAUGGUUGCUGUGGUGAAGUUGUGUCCAAAGGACACUGGCAAUGCCAGUACAUAUGUUAGCUUUAUAAUAAAUACAUAGUAAGGAUGUACAUAAUAUAUACUCAUUAUAUUAUAAUGGACUGUUUGAGACACAAAUAGAACAUUAUAUAAAAUAAGUAGAUGUUGUCCAAUUUGUUUUAGCAUGUAAAUAAUUUUUGUCAUUAUGUAUUGUAAAUUUGAGACUGGUUUUUAUUAUUAAAAAAAAUAUAAGUUUAAACCCCCCCGCUUGUUUUUUGAGUACAAUUACCGAAGUUUUUUUUGUGGUCACGUAAGACAUCUAAAAUAGACACAGUUGUUAUUAUAGCGACCUAAAUGUUGUAAGACUAUUUUCUGUUCUGGGUAAUGUACAAAUAUUUUUGACUGGUCGAGGUAUGUAAAAAUCACGAGAGCCAGUUUGAUUCUGUUUAAUCAUAAAAUAUAUUUAUCACAUAAUAAA